CACCCUGGACGGCCCCUUCCUGACUACAUCACUCACAGGAAGUGUAGAAAGAAAAAGAGAAAAGGGGACGUGAAUGUUUCUGUUGCUCCCGUUUUGUUUUUUCUGCAUUUUUCAAAUUUCACCAACCCUCAUCCGCAAUAGAAGUAUAAGGAUCACACUAUUCUGAGGGAACGACAGUAACAGCAAAAGUGUGAAGAAAGAUGGAGGACAACCCUUGCAGUGUAUGGGGUCAUUCUGUAAAGGAUUAUUUGUAAUGCUAUGGGACUGAGUUUGUGCAGGACUCAAUGAUGAAAACAGCUGUUGGAACUCUGCAUUUUGAGAGUAAGCAGCCACACCUUAUACUGCAUAACCAUACCAUGGUGAUCAACGAGGUCUUCUAAAAAUAUUCUUUGGAUUCUUCUCAAAGCUCUCAGCUUCUUUUGCAGUAUGCACUAUGCUCUCCCCCGCCCUGUCGACAGCAUCCCCAGUCCUCACCAAACCCUCUUCCCCCACCAUAUCCUCAGAUAUUCCAGACUCGUACCAUUCACAAACCUCUCCUAUUCCUCCUAGUACUCCUUUCUCCCUCAGUUCUACUCAAACAUUUCCAUUGAUUGAUAUCUCCAACGACUCUUCCCAUGACCCGGCCUCCCUUCUGCUCCCUACAUUACCCCCUAUAUCAUGUAUACAACCUUCCUCACCUCCACUUCAAACUUGCUCACCUAACAUUAACUUCAAACUAUACUCCCCUCUUCCUCCCCAGAAACGCAUGUCUCCUCAGAUGCCAAAGCCACCCCUCCCUGCACAACUCCCCUCAGCUCUCCCCAAAAUCUCCUCCUCACCCCUGCCUAGACCACCUCCACCUGUUGGUAGGCCCUCAGCUCCACCCCAUCCCAGACCUCCUCUUCCAGUAGCCUCAAAACCACCAGUCCCUGCAUCUCCAGUCAGCAAUUCCAAUGAGCCAGUGCUCCCUGGUAUCAGCAUCCUGGAUAAACUGAUAAAGACAUGUCCAGUGUGGCUUCAACUCGGAAUGAAGCAAGACAGAGCCAUGCAAAUACUGAGCAAGACGUCGCCAGGGAUCUUUUUAGUUAGGAGAGAUCCCAGUCAGAAGCCGAUGGUACUGUCAGUACGUUUUGCUGACCAGCUGGGGGAGCCCCAAUUCAAAGAACUGCAUAUAAAAGAAGAUAAGUCCUUGCUGUACCUUGAAGGUUCUGUCCUGGUCUUUGAGAACAUUUUUAAACUCAUUGCUUUCUACUGUGUGAGCCGGGACAUCCUUCCUUUUCCUCUGAAGUUACCUCAGGCCAUCCUCCAGGUAGCUACAUAUGAUGAUAUGGAGGUGAUCUCUUCUCUAGGUUCAGAGUUCUGGAGUUCAGCUCUGAAUAGUCAUGAGGUAGUAGGAAACAAAGCUGGUGGUUUUGGCAAUCCAGACAGCCAGGGGCAAAGCAGUUCCUGUGAAAUACAGCUUUCAGUUGGCAGCAACCGCCUUUGGUAUGUCAACCCCAUUUUCAUUGAGGACUGCAGCAACAGUGUGCCGCCCACCUCACCUACCCCUGUCUUGAGGACCCAGAGCCUAAACACCCCAAUCAAGGCACUACCCAAGUACAAAAGACCCCCACCCCUGCGUCCACGUCCUCCCAAUGCACCUGAAGGCUGUCUACAUCCUGCAUUUGGUAAGCCAGCAAAGGGAGAGUUUAAGCAAGUUCUCAGUUAUCCUCCCCCUUCAGUACUGAAAGGGGAAGGAAAUGAUGGUGAUGGUGCAGAACAAGAAAGACAGAGAACUCCAGCCUCGGGUGUUGAGCAUGACACAGACAAGCCAGCUGUCUUACAAACAGAGGGAAAGCAGUCUUCUAGUACUCCUUCACAUAGAGUUCCUCCAGUACCAUCCCGCCGCAGACUAAGUGAGAAACAACUGUCAGAGGAACCAGCGCAGCAGGAAGUCACCACCAGCACCUCUGGUGCACAUAUCCCGCAAGUCCCUGUUGCAUCUCUCAUUUGCCUAGAUGACAGUAUGGAAGAAAGGGAGAGGCCUGUGGAUUCAGAAACUCUUCAGGAAGUGCUAGAGGAACAAUCUAAAGUAUUUAAUGGAGCUCCAAAGGUAUCUCAUGAAAUAGCGGCUGUAGCAAAGAAGCCUGUUGCUCCAGAGGUGCCUCCAAGGAGGAAAAUACUCUCUCAAAACCUGACUGGACAACUCUACCAAGCAGCCGGGAAUUCACUAACACCAAGUAUCCAAGAACCCACUUCCAUUCUUCCUUUGAAUUUCAGCAGCCCCAGUCCUGUCCGCCCUUCAUUCAUCCUCAACGCUGGUCAUCCCAAAAUCUCUGAUGUUUCUCAGUUUUCUCCUGAAGGUGGAGCUCCACAGCCGGACCAUGAUUCCUACUCAGCCAGCAGCACGGAGGAGGAGGUGGACACCAUUGUGGCAACAGGUGCUCUUAUAAAGAUGAGCCCAACAAUCAUGCUUGACCGAGCCAAGCAACGACUGUCCAUGGUGUCUAUGGCGAACCUCUCCAAUGCCUUAACAGGCUUAAUGAGUGCCGACCGCAAGCUGCAUAAACGCAUCGUAGAGCUGUCCCGGGAUGGAAACACAUACUUUGGGAACCUGGUUAGGGAUUAUCAAGUUUUUACCUUGGACACCAUGCGGAAACACACCUCUAGCACAGAGAUGCUCCAAGAGAUCAGGCAGAUUAUAACCCAACUAAAAAGCUACUUGAUCCAGAGUGCAGAGCUGCAAAAUCUACAAGAAGCAGCCACAUACUCUGAUGAGAAAUUGGAGAUCAUUAUUGAAGUAGCACUUUGCAAGAGUGUCCUGAAACCCUUGCGUGUGGCUGUGUAUAACAAAUUGAAGGAUAUCCACUCGCGUGCAGGAAAUCUGAAGAAACUAAAAGAAAACCAGCAAGUGGUUCUGGGGACCACCACUACAGACCUAGGGGUCACCACCAGUGUCCCUGAAAUGGCUGUCAUUGAGAAAAUUCAAGCAAAGCUUGGUAACAUGCACAAAGAGUAUUCACCUCAGAAGAAGAUCGAUAUGCUCCUCAAGACCUGCAAGAUCAUCUAUGAGUCCAUGACUGUGGGCUGUCCAGGAAAGUCUCAUGGUGCUGAUGACCUCCUGCCUGUGCUAAUGUAUGUCUUGGCUCGCAUCAACAUCGGUGCACUGCUGCUGGAUGUAGAGUAUAUGAUGGAGCUGAUGGAUCCUGCACUGCAGCUUGGAGAGGGUUCAUACUAUCUAACCACCACCUAUGGUGCUCUGGAGCACAUUAAGAAUUUUGAUAAUGAGGCUGUGACCAGACAGCUGAGUCUGGAGGUCCAGGACUCUAUCCAUCGCUGGGAACGCCGCCUCACCCUAAACAAAGCUCGAGCAUCACGCUCCUCUGUGCAGGACUUCAUUAAUGUUUCCUUCAUGGAAGCUGGCUCCAACACUAAGACCCUGGGGGUGCGACCCAACACUACGGCUCAGGACCUGUGCAAUCAGUGUGCAGAGAAAUUUGAGGUGUUGUCUCCUGAGUCGUGUUGCCUGAGUGUGCUGGUGGACGGUCAUUACAAGCCACUGGCUCCUGAGGAGUUCCCUCUCGCUGUCAAAUCCAGCUUGCACCACACAGAGCCACGGAUGGAAUAUUAUUUUGUGUACCGGCAUGGUCGCUGGCCAGAACAAGAAUCUGUGGACCAGAUGCCCCCUACAUCUGAACCAGAAGAGAGUUUGAUAUGAACCGUGUGAAUGUAUGUGUAGUCAUUCGAGUGUCAGUGGAUCUUUGCAGAUUGUUUUGAGUUGCUUGAACGGAAUACAAAGGAUAACCUUAAUAUACGACAGAAUGACAGUUACACAAAAUAAUGUAAGCUGACAUUACAAUGCCUAUCCACAUGAGAAAUGGCAUGAAUGACUGGCUUACAAAUGACAGGUAUUUGUUGUAAAACACUUGGAAAGGACUUGGACUGGAAUCGAAAAUCUGUUUUGAUGGUUUUCUCCUAAAGAAGCAUGGUGAGCUCAAAUGACAAGCCUGCCUCAGCAAAUUCACUUCUAUUUGUGAGACUUUUUGUGCACACAUAGCCACAGAUAUGUCCUACACCUUAUUUAACCUUAAGUUUAGCAGAUCUAAUCCAGUUCCCCAGUAGUGUUUAGCUGACCUUGAAUGUUUCAAGAUUUACAAUCAAAACUUUAUCUUUCAAACAAUACAGCCAAAGAUUUUCGUAUCUCAGGACUCAGCAGGUUGUGCUCAUACUCUCUAUUAUGGUGCUGAUUUCUUUAAUUAUAUGUUUCUUAAAAUAAUGCAUCGUUUUAGACUUGAAAUAGUUAUGCACCUGCAUUGCACUCAGUUUCUAUACUCCGUAAUUUGCAAAAAAGAUAUGCACUCUAUGUUAUAUUUUAUUCACAGUUAGUUCAAUGUAGCUUCUUUUUUAUGUCUGACAACAAGCAAUAGUUUAGGCACAAGAUUUUGUGGAAAAUUCUUUUAGGCAACAUAUAUCUAUAUAUCUCACAAGAUGCAUCAGUUUCAGAGAGCACAACAUAUGUCAAACCAAAGACUGGUGUUUGUUUAUAGUUUUAAUAUGCAU